AUGCGACCCGGUUUCUCACUCUCAUGGAAUGUCGAGUGGCUUGGAUCAUUCCCUGUACCGGGAAUUGAUCCGGAAUCCGUAUCACAACGAUUAGAUCGAUUCAUUCCUCGGAAACCUCCUAUUGCUGUUCAGUUAUCAAUUUCCGUUUAUGGUGUAAAAGUUUGUGCUGUUGAUGAUGAGCGAAUAUUAUUUUGUCAAUCAAUUCGACGAGUAAAUUGUGUAAUUGGUCGAACAGAACGACAUGAGGUGGCAUAUAUUGCUCGAGAACCAUCGGGUCAAGUGUACAGAAGAUUGUGUCACCUGUUUAGGACUAAAUCAUCACAUCAGGUGGAAGAAAUAGAAUCUAUUCUUGAGAAUGCUUUUCAAGCAUCAGCACUUAUUAAACCAUCAUCACCACUUAUAAAUUCAGCAAAAUUAUCUUCAUCACAUUUUGCUACACCAAUAACUGCUACAACAAUACAUCAACAACAUCGCUUAUCAACAAAUACUCCAACAUUAUCAUCUGCUGCUACUAAUCAUCCAUCUACAAUUGAACAAUGUAAAUUGCAUAUAACAUCAUCCGUUCUUCUCAAUCGUCUUUUCGGUAAAUCUCGAACUGAUAUUAGCUCAAACAAUAAGGAAAAUGCCACAACAACAACAACAACAACAACAACAACAACAAAGAGUAAUAAUAAGCAACGUCGACGACCAGUUAGUGCUGUAUUCAGUCAAGCAUUACAUCGACUUUCAUCUGCUUCAAUUUACAACAAACGGUUCUCAUCAACCGAUACACCACGAAAGCUAGAAAGGCCUGUAUCAAUUUGUCAACCAUCAUCUUCGACAUCUGUUACCGCUGUCACCAACACAAAAUCACAUCAUCGUCGUUCAGCUAACUUACAACAACACAUUUUUACACCACAAACUUCCACACCACAUACACAAGAAGAGGUAUUUCGUCCAAUUCGUCACACUCAAACAACUUUAUCAUUAUGUUAUGAUGAACGUUUGACAGAAUGGAUUUAUCCAAUUGAUGAAAUAUUGGAGAAACAAUUGGAACAGGUCGCAUAUUUCUGUAAAACAGCACAUCGGAAUCGAAUUAUAGAUGCUUUAUUAGAGCAACCGGAAGGUGCAUUUGUUGUUCGAUUUUCUGAAUCAAAACGAAAAUGUUUGGCAUUAAGUGUUCGAGUGCCAUUUCGACAUAAUCCAACUGGUGUAUCACAUUAUCUUAUCAUUCGAAAUGAUAAUGGAUUUAAAUUAAGGGGUUCAAACAAAUAUUUCCAAUCAAUACCUAUGCUUGUAACGCAUCAUUCUGUAAUGCCUGAACAACUACCAUGUCGUUUAAUAUUUGCUCAUUGGGGUAAUAUGUGGAAAUGCAAUGAAUUGAAUAAUAAUUAUGAUUACCCACCUUGUGAGCAAGUGGAAUGCUCAAAUGAGAUGUUCAAGCAUAAUCGAUGA